AUGAAACGUGCCAGAAUUGACGGUCCGGACAAGACUCCGUCCUCUUCUACCUUGGGAGCCGCCUCCGGCCAGCCGGUUCACCUGCCGAAGAUCUCAAGAAAAAUCCGAGCUUGCCAAGAAUGCCAGAACCGCAAGAUCAAGUGCGGCAUUGAGCCCGGCCAGAACCAGUGUGCUCGAUGCGCCCGCCUUGGCCUGCAGUGUGUAGUCAAUAAGAGUCUCCAAACCUUGCUUGACAGCGAGAAUGAGUGGAAGACCAAGAUGGAGAUGCAGCUCCAGACGCUACAAGCGUCCAUGGUGGAGGUCAGGCGGGCCUUGAAUCUGCCACAGCUUGCCCCGGUCCAGGCUUAUCAGCACGACGCUACCGGCAUGUCCCAGAGUCCUGUCAAUAUUACCGUAUCACAAAGCAGUCCCGCCACAGGUCCAUCUCCGGUCCGGCCUCCAGACGUAACGGCCAUGACGAGGGAGAACUCUCCUGAGCAGACGGCGCAAGAUAACGCCGAGGACCAGGCCAUAGUAAGCGCGCCAAUGGCCAGCCUCUUCGAGGUGACGAAGCUGCGGAACAUCCGGAGCGACCCCGGAGCCCGGGUUCGCCUCCCAUCAAGCCGAGCGCAAGAGCCCGACUUCAUUGCACAGGGCAAGUUUAGCGUUGAGGAGGCGGAGCAGCUCUUCUCCACCUUCCGCGGGACGCUCAAUGCCUACCUUUGGGGAGGCAUUGCGCUGGUUCACGACAGCCUCACCGCGACGCGCAUGUCCUCGCCUCUUCUCACGGCUGCCAUCCUCGCCGUGACGGCGCUGCACGAGCAAGAUGAUGGCCGUGCCUUUGACAUCUGCUACCCCACCUUCCUCGAGCUAGCCAGUCAGACCAUGUUCGACCGAUACCAUAGCCUUGACGACGUCAGGGGACUAUGCAUCGGUGCCUUCUGGCUCUCCGACAUCAGUUGGAAGGUGUCUGGUCUCGCUGUGCGUAUCGCUACCGAGUUGAACCUUCACCAGUUCUGCGCCAAGGCGCUUAAUAAAGGACCGCAGCAUGUCGAGAAAGCAAGGCUGUGGUACUUGCUCUACGUGUGCGACCACCACUUCAGCAUCGCGUAUGGCAGGCCUCCCGUCAUAAAUGAGGAUGCGACCAUUACCCAUCAUGAAGCUUUUCUCACGCUGCCAGGCAUUACGCAAGCGGACUUCCGUCUACAUAGCCAGGUUGGUGUCUUUAUCAUUUUAAGUCGGGUUUUCCACACAUUUGGCCCAGAUACAUCGAGGCAAGUUGCCAGAGAUGAGUUUGAAGCACUGAAGAGAUACGACGCCGACCUCGCUCGAUGGAAGCUCCAAUGGGAAACUCGGCUAGUGCCGGACAAGCACAUAGCACAGUACCCUGCCAAGGGCGUCACCCUUCACUACCACUUUGCCCGUCUCUUGUUGUUUUCCAUCUGUCUGCGAGGUCUCAACCCGUCGAACCCGUCGGACCAAUACGCCAUGUCCGAUGAGCGCCGCGAGUUCAUCAACCUCGCCAUAGCAAGCGCGUCUGCCGCGUUAGAGCUGAUCCUGACAGAUAUCGACAUGCGCAGGGCGGUCAUCGGGGUGCCACUCUACCUUCUGACCACCAUUGCCUAUGCUGCCAUGUUCCUGAUGAAGGUUCACGCCCAGUGGAAGCCUGCGCGGCUGAACAUUCGUUACGACGAAGUAGUCGACCUUAUUGAGCGUGUCGUCCAACUGCUGGAGGAGACCAACCGUUGUGCCCGUCACGUUGCACACUACAUCGGACGCGGUCUCAGCACCAUGCUUGAUAAGUUCAAAGAACGAGGUCCCCAGGAGAAGCAGUACAUUGCCGGGAGCCAGCCAGGGCAACCCGCUCAACCGGGCCAACCUAUCUCUCAGGUCUGGAACGAGGGGGAUAUCGGCCAGGAUUGGAACCAAUGGAUGUUCAGCGGGGAGAUGAUGAACAACUAUGGAAUGGGCCCUGAGCAAUACCCGCUCAACAUGCUAGACUUGCUAAACUCCCAAAUGCCUGGCUGA